AGAAGAUCGUUUACGUGGCCAAUAAACUUUUCAACUGAAUUAAAAUUUGUUUUAACUCUGGUUUUCUUAUUAUGCUAUUUUUUUAAUUGCACGGCGGGUGGUUUAUUCUAGCGGACGAGGAGUUUUGGCUAUGUGACGUGGAGUCAUUAGGUAGAGUGCCGGUGUGGUUUCGUGGCUGUCAGCUGUGGUGGUGCAUUCGCGUACGAGUCUCCUCUCGGUUUUUUCCUCAUUCGCGUGUACUGUAUUUCCAAGUUUAGUGCUGAUGAACUGAAAUCAUGCUGACAAAAUUCGAGACCAAGUCGGCUCGGGUUAAGGGGCUUUCUUUCCACCCGAAAAGGCCAUGGAUUCUAUCCAGCCUGCACAGCGGUGUCAUCCAACUCUGGGAUUAUCGUAUGUGCACACUUUUGGAUAAGUUCGACGAACACGACGGCCCGGUGAGGGGGAUCUGCUUCCAUGCCCAGCAGCCGCUUUUCGUCUCUGGCGGUGACGACUACAAAAUCAAGGUGUGGAACUACAAGCAGAGGAAGUGUAUUUUUACACUUUUGGGCCAUUUGGAUUAUAUCAGGACGAUACAGUUCCAUCAGGAAUACCCCUGGAUCUUGAGCGCGUCGGACGACCAGACGAUAAGGAUCUGGAACUGGCAGAGCCGGAACUGCAUUUGUGUCCUUACUGGACAUAACCAUUAUGUCAUGAGCGCUCAGUUCCAUCCGACGGACGACAUUGUCGUGUCAGCCUCUCUUGACUUUACAAUCCGAGUCUGGGACAUUUCAGGCCUUCGCAAGAAAAACGUGGCCCCUGGGCCUGGAGGCCUUGAAGACCACCUUAAAAACCCGGCGUCCACUGAUCUGUUCGGCCAGGCUGAUGCGGUUGUGAAGCACGUACUCGAAGGCCACGACCGAGGGGUCAACUGGGCCACAUUCCAUCCCACUCUUCCUCUCAUCGUCUCCGGUGCGGAUGACCGUCAUGUCAAACUCUGGCGUAUGAAUGAUGCUAAAGCGUGGGAGGUGGACACUUGCCGGGGGCAUUACUACAACGUCUCCUGUGUCCUCUUUCACCCUAGGCAAGAUCUUAUACUCUCCAACUCUGAGGACAAGAGCAUUCGUGUGUGGGAUAUCACGAAACGCACUUGCCUCCACACGUUCAGGCGUGAGAACGAGCGGUUUUGGGUUUUGACCGCACAUCCGACUUUGAAUUUGUUUGCAGCAGGGCACGAUUCAGGCAUGGUCAUCUUCAAACUGGAAAGGGAAAGACCUGCGUAUGCAGUACAAGGUAACAUCUUGCUUUAUGUGAAAGACAGGUUUCUAAGGAAACUCGAUUUUACAACUUCAAAAGACGUGUCAGUUAUGCAGUUAAGCGGCAGCCAAGGUCCUGUGUACAGUAUUAGUUACAAUGUCGCUGAGAAUGCUGUUCUAGCCUGUACGAGAAAUGCAAAUGUGGAAAGUAGCGUCUACGAUUUAUACAUCAUGUCUAAAGAUGGCCAUUCAGACACCAUAGAACACAAGAAAAUACCAGGGGUGACUGCGGUUUGGGUAGCCCGAAAUCGUUUCGCAGUUCUUGACCGUUCACACUCUAUUGUUAUUAAAAAUCUUAAGAAUGAAGUCACAAAAAAAGUCAGCACACCUUCUUGUGAUGAAAUAUUCUAUGCAGGAACUGGAAUGCUCCUGUUAAGAGAUGCUGAUAACGUUACACUGUUUGAUGUACAACAAAAGAGAACAGUCGCCCAAACUAAAAUCUGCAAAUGUCGUUAUGUCGUCUGGUCCUCAGAUAUGUCGCAUGUUGCUCUCCUCGCAAAACACACUGUUACAAUUUGCAACAGAAAAUUAGAUCUUCUCUGUUCCAUCCAUGAAAAUACGAGAGCAAAAUCAGGAGCUUGGGAUGAAAACGGUGUUUUUAUUUAUACUACCAGCAACCACAUUAAAUACGCUUUGACCAACGGAGACCAUGGCAUUAUCCGCACACUCGAUUGGCCGAUAUAUUUGACAAAAGUUAAAGGAAACCAGGUGUUCUGUCUAGACAGAGAAUGCCAAUCACGAAUUUUGAACAUCGAUCCAACAGAGUAUCGUUUUAAACUUGCUUUGAUCAACAGGAAAUAUGAUGAGGUACUGCAUAUGGUGAGGAACGCAAGACUUGUAGGACAAUCUAUUAUUGCUUACUUACAGCAAAAGGGUUACCCAGAAGUCGCGCUUCAUUUUGUUAAAGAUGAUAAGACUCGUUUUGCCCUUGCCCUUGAAUGUGGCAACAUAGAAGUGGCACUUGAAUCAGCUCGUGCGCUUGAUGACAAAGCAUGUUGGAAUCGUCUAGGGCAAGCUGCAUUAUUACAAGGAAAUCACCAGGUUGUUGAAAUGUGCUAUCAACGUACCAAGAAUUUUGACAAGCUGUCUUUCUUGUAUUUAAUUACAGGAAAUCUAGAAAAAUUGAGAAAGAUGACUAAAAUCGCAGAGAUUCGUAAAGACCCCUCGGGUCAAUAUCAAGGAGCUCUAUUACUCGGUGAUGUUGUGGAAAGGAUCAAAAUAUUGAAAAAUUGUGGUCAAACUUCUUUAGCUUACUUGACAGCUGCUACUCAUGGACUAGAAGCCGAAGCCGAAGAGCUCAUGCAAGAAUGUGAUGGAAAAAUCCCUGAAGUAGAUAAGAAUGCAAUUCUCCUCCAACCUCCCGUUCCGAUUCAACAGACAGAAACCAAUUGGCCCCUGCUGACAGUUUCAAAAGGAUUUUUCGAUGGAGCAAUGCUCAACAGUAAUUCGAUGGCAGCUGCAGUCGAAAUCGAUGAUGCCGGAGACGGUUGGGGAGAUGAGAGUCAGCUUGGUUUUGAAGAUGCGAUGGGUGAAGAAGAGGGUGAUGAACCAGCUGUUCCUAACCAAGAAGGUGACGGAUGGGAUGUUGGUGAAGAAGACAUCGUCCUCCCACCAGAUCUAGAAGUUACUCAAGGGCCAGAGGAUGGUUUCUUUGUUGCACCUACUAAAGGAGUUUCUCAAACUCAAAUUUGGGUCAACAAUUCUCAACUGGCUGUCGACCAUGUGAUGGCCGGUUCCUUUGAUUCAGCGUUCAGAUUACUUAAUGAACAAGUGGGUGUUAUAAAUUUUGAACCCCUGCGCUCUCUGUUUCUAUCAGGAUUUUCUAUGUCGAGAACUUCUUAUACACCACUUCCUUCAUUGCCAUCUAUUUAUGCACACCCACAUAGAAACUGGAAGGAGGCUGGAGCUAAAAAUGGUCAUCCAGCUCUUUGGAUAAAACUAGACGAACUCGUAGCUCAGCUAUUAACUUGUUAUCAGUUAACUUCUAAUGGAAAAUUUGUAGAUGCAAUAAAAGAGUUUAGAAAUCUGCUUCUCAGCAUUCUGUUUUUGAUCGUUGACACUAAACAACAAAUAGCCGAGGCCCAACAGUUAAUGCAAAUCUGUCGUGAGUACAUCUUAGGCCUUCAAAUGGAAAAUAAGAGGAAAGAACUGCCUAAAAACACCCUUGAAGAGAGAAUCCGAAUUUGUGAAAUGGCAGCAUACUUCACUCACUGUCAGUUGAAGCCUGUACAUGAAAUCCUCACGCUGAGAACUGCAGUCAUCCUUUUCUUCAAUUUGAAAAAUUUCAAAACGGCAGGCUCCUUUGCUAAAAGAAUGUUGGAACUCGGGCCGAAACCCGACCUUGCUCAGAACGCCAAGAAGAUGUUGCUAGCCUGUGACAAAAAUCCUGUUGACGAACAUAAGCUCAACUACGACGAGCACAAUCCUUUCAACAUCUGUGCCUACUCGUACACACCGAUCUACCGUGGAAAACCGGAAGAGAAAUGCCCAUUCUGCGGAGCCUGCUACUUGCCGCAGUACAAGGGGAAAGUCUGCAACGUCUGUAAUGUUUCGGAAGUCGGAGCCCAAACUAUCGGACUUAGAAUCAGCCAACUCCAAUUCAGAUAAUUUCAAUCAUAACCAUUUUAUUAUUUGUGUACAUAUAUAUUUUUUACUAUGUGUAUUAUAAAAAUAUUAAGAAUAUUAUCAAAGCUUCAGAGGAUCUUUACGGUAUAAAUGUUUAUGCUUCGAAACAUUUGUAGCAUUAUAAUAUAAUAUAUAAAAUGUUUAACAGUUGCAUACUAUUCCAAAUAAAACUAAAUUAAUGUUU